CCUGCUUCUGCGCCUCAUAAGCCCGCUCUCGCCUUCGCAUGCGCGCCGUAUCUCGCUGAGCCUCUCUAUCAUGGCUGCUCCGCACAUCCGAUUCAAGCUCACCAAGCCACCCGAUGGGCUCACCCGCCGCAUCACCUUCGACACGCCUCCCAGCUGGGCCGAGCUCGCUACCAAGAUCGAGGGGCUCUACCACAUUCCGCGCAGACAUGACGGCGACGAGGUCACACUCAGCUCCGAGGGCGAGCUGCAAGAUUUCUACAGGACGCUCCCGCCUGGGGCGCCGGGCGAGUCGAAGGUCGCGAAGUUCGCGGUGCUCGAUCUGGGAGCGGAGCGCAACAAGCCGCUGCCCGCAACCCCGCGCAGCUCGAACUACAGGAACACUGGAGGAGACUGGCAGGAGCGACGCGGAACGCUCGCGCGUGAGGAGGCUGCUGCAGCCGCUGCGGAGGACAAGCAGGACGCGGUGACGAUCGCGGACUCGGAGAUGACGGACUCGACGCCGCGUGCGUCCACCGUCAGCUCGGGCUCGUCGACCGCCUCGAUUGUCGGUGGCUCAGCCGAUCCGAAGAAGUAUCCCAUCCAUGUCGUGGACUUGAACGCGGCGACGGGUGAGGACAUCUCUGAGACCCGCAGGACGCUGUCGACCGCGUCCCGUGCAGUAACGCCUCCCAAGCCUGCCACGAACCUCGCCCGGAGACAUCCCGCCGCCGCCUCCUCGCACCAACUCUCACUCACCACUGACGUGGCGAACCUCUUCAACACGCUCUCCAACGUCGUCGCCUCGCACCCGGAGCUCUCAGAGAACGUGCGCACCAUCGUCCGCAACGCCACUAACGGGACCUACUGGCAGGCCCACCGCCAUUCCGUCGCGCGUACUGCGGAUAGCUUCCGGCUGAGCGUCCAGACGACGGGCAACACCCGUGAGAGCACGCCCGAAGCGCGCAGGGCUCAAGAAGAGGCUGCGGGCCGCCGAGUGGCGGAGGCAAUCGCCAAUGUCGUCCGUACUAUUGGCGAUGUCAGACUCAGCACGACGGGCGACACUGGCCCGACGACGUCUACGCCCCGCUCCCAGCGUGCGAGCCAGGAGCGCCGCCAUAAUAUGCAGCAGCCCCCUCUGCCUCAGCCGGCUUUCGACCAUCGCCCGAACGCCUACCGCCGGCACACGGCUGAUAGCGGCUGGGACUCUGGUCGUAUCAGUCGGGACCCCUAUGGCUGGAUGAGCGAAUGGGACGUAGAUGACGGUGGCUGGGAUGCACGUCGCGGCCAUGGGGACAGACACAAUCCUUGGCCGAACCCAAGUGGUCGCUGGGGGUAUCGCAACGAUGUCCCUCCGCCGCCCCCACCUCCCGCUGUGCCUGUGCCACCCGUGCCCCCGCCUCCUCCGGGACUGUCCCGUGUACCUGGUGUCCCUCGCCCGCCAGUACCUCCGCCGCCUCCCGCGCCGUACUAUAGCGACUGGCUCUGGGGCUCGUCUCGCGACGAUGUCUUCGCCUCCGGGAACCGCCACGGCCCAGGAGACAUAGCCACAGGAAGUGGAACAAUCGCGCCGUCGGCGUGCCCCUCUGAUUGGGUUCCCUGGGAGAGCCCCGAGUCGAGCGACUCCUCGGUGGACGUGGACCCGAUUGACCACGUCCCACGUGCGGAGGUGACGAUGUAUGGGGCCGCGUCGAGUCCGAGGGCGUCGAAGGAUGAACUGGUGAAGUCGCUUGAAGAGGCGAAGGAGAAGUACAAGGCUGAGAAGGCGAGGUACCGUCAUGAGAGGGAGGAGCGCAAGAAGCAGCGGGAUAGGAUGAGACUGUUGGAACAGAGGUAUACCCCAGCCGCACCUCCCGCCACACAGAACAAGGACAAAUCGCCCGUAGCCUCCACUUCGAAACAGGCUGAGACUACCUCUAGCAGAGUUCCGGAGACCCCUACUAAGCCGAGGGAAAAUCCUGAGAGGCCGGCGUCUGCCGUCCAAAUUAUCAGCAAUGCUCGGGGCCCCUUCCCCCAGCUCGAGAUGUUCAGCGUCCCCAACCGACGCCACACCACGCACAACUCCACCUCCCGUGCGCGCCGCGUCAGCAACGGCCCUCCGUCGCCUUUGGUGCCGCCUCCGCCCGCACCGCCUGCGCCGCCACCACCGCCCGCCGUGCAAGCCAUCACCAGGCGUCUUGGUGAUAUGGGGUUCACCGCGGCCAACUACCCGAGCCUGCCUGGGAAGGUGCGCGCGCGCGUGCAGGGCAAGAUGGAGCUGUCCGCUGAGGCGGAGGACAAUGCUGUGAGCGAGGUCCUGGAGGAGCUGUUGCAGAUGUCCCCGCAGAGGCAGCCUGUGGCGUCGGGCUCGGGUUCUGGCUCGGGCCCCUCGCGCCAGCCCGCGGCUAAAACGAGUCUCACUGCGAGUUUUUUGUUCAUGGGUCGAUGA